UGUUUCAGAAUUCCUGUUGCUUGAAAACCAUGGCUGAGAAACCUAAACUUUACUAUUUUAAUGGAAGGGGGAGAAUGGAAUCUGUUCGCUGGCUCUUGGCAGCAGCUGGCGUUGAGUUUGAAGAAGAAUUUUUGGAAACUAGAGAGCAGUAUGAAAACUUGUUAAAAGAUGGAUACCUGCUCUUUCAACAAGUCCCUAUGGUGGAGAUCGAUGGACUGAGACUGGUGCAAACUCGAGCGAUCCUCAGCUACAUAGCUGCCAAACACAACCUCUAUGGGAAGACCUUGAAGGAGAGAGCUCUAAUUGAUAUGUAUGUGGAAGGAACAACUGAUCUCAUGGGACUAAUCAGGGUUCACUUCAAACUAGAGCCUGAAGAAAAGGAGAAGAACCUUUGUUUGAUCAUUGAACGAGCCACAAAAAGAUACUUUCCCGUAUAUGAAAAGGUUUUGAAAGACAACGGCCAGCAUUUUCUGGUUGGAAAUCAACUAACCUGGGCUGAUGUCCAACUAAUUGAGGCCAUAUUCAUGGUAGAAGAGAAGGAGCCCACAGUUCUUUUACAGUUUCCUUUAUUGCAGGCCUUUAAAGCGAAAAUGAGUGAAGUUCCUACAAUUAAGAAGUUCUUGCAGCCCGGCAGCCAGAGAAAGCCUCCUCCUGAUGAAAAGUUUCUAGCAACAGCAAAAAGAGUCUUCAACAGGAAAUAA